AGAAAAUAUACUUGAAUUAUUUCCUCUUCAAAGAAAUGCAGGAUGAUAGAGCGCAGAGUGAAUUUUGUGUGUGGUAAGGCGGCUUCUAAUUCUGUGCCUCACUUGAAACUUGUCUACCAAAAAAAUUAAACCGAAGAAACGAAUGACAAAACUUUAUUGCUGGGGUACUGGAUGAGCAGACACGAGAUACGAUUAGAAAAGUAAAAUAGUAAAAAAUUGUCUAAAUAUCAAAAAUGGAUCCAGCUUUACUAAAGGAACGAGAAGCAUUUAAAAAGCGUGCCAUGAUUACUCCAACGGUCGAAAGAAAGCCCAAGUUGGAAACCGUUUCUGUUGCUCCGAAAGAUGAAUGCAAGAAGAAAAUGCGCCCCCCCAGUGCUCCUAAAUUGGAUGCCAAUACAUAUAAAACUAUGACUGGCAGUUCGCAAUAUAAAUUUGGAGUUUUGGCAAAAAUUGUGAAGCAUAUGCGAACGAGGCAUCAGGAAGGCGACGACCAUCCAUUAACGCUCGAAGAAAUUUUAGAUGAAACAAAUCAAUUGGAUGUUGGUCAAUCUGUUAAAAAUUGGUUAGCUGCAGAGGCUUUAAUGAAUAAUCCCAAAAUUGAAGUCACUUCAGAUGGUAUACGUUUCACGUUUAAGCCCGUUUAUAAAAUUAAAGAUGGCAAAAGUCUUUUGCGCUUGCUUAAGUCGCACGACCUUAAGGGCUUGGGUGGUAUCUUACUCGACGAUGUCCAAGAGUCCCUACCACAUUGUGAAAAAGUCUUAAAAAAUAGAGCAUCAGAAAUUAUAUUUAUCGUCAGACCUAUAGAUAAAAAGAAAAUUCUAUUCUACAAUGAUCGUACUGCUAAUUUUACGGUGGAUGAAGAGUUUCAGAAGUUAUGGCGUUCAGCUACAGUUGAUGCUAUGGAUGAUGCAAAAAUCGAUGAAUAUUUGGAGAAACAGGGUAUAAGAUCAAUGCAGGAUCAUGGUCCCAAAAAACCAGUACCUAAACGAAGAAAGGUUGCCAGCAAAAAGCGACAGUUUAAGAAACCUAGGGACAAUGAGCACUUGGCAGAUGUCUUGGAAAUCUAUGAAGAGAAUACUUUGACACAGAAAGGCAAUAACCCUACAUGAAAAGAAAGACUAAUUGAAAAAAGUUUAAAAAAAUUAAGAAUGUCAAAUGUUAACAUUUUAAAAAAAUACAAAAAGAGCUGCAUAUUAUUUUUCAAAGUAUGCAAUUGUCUAGCAUGUUUAUAAUUUUGAUUUUUUUUAGGAUAUUUUAGAAUAUUAAUCAAAUGAGAUUUACCCAUUUGUUUCAAUAUAAGUCAACCCUAAGGCAAAAUCAAUUUUUUUAAAUUUUAAACGGCUUGACAAGAAAAAGAUUAUAACUAAAAAGAAAUCGCAAGUAAUGUAAAAGGGCUGAAAACACGGAAGAAAAGAUGACACGAGAAAAAAAUACAUGAAAGAACUAAAUAUAAAAUUUCGAGUUCUCUUAUUCUUCUAAGCUAACAAAAACCGUAGGCGAAGACUUUUUCUUAUUAACGAUUAUUAAAUUAUCUAAAACUGUAAUGGCAAAUUUGUUACUGUUAUGUUACAGAUUAUUUUUAUAUUUUAUUAAUAUAUCUGUAUGUAAUUUUUGGUGGUUUCAUCCAUUUAUAUCCUUUAUUUAUAUUAAGUAUAAGUUCAACAAUAUCCAACAACAAAUUCGUAGUUAUUUUUUAUCGGAGUGGAAAUAAACUUUUUUUCUCAACAUAUCUUAAGAUCAGCUUGAAUAUUUAAAAGCUAUUCAAAUCAUUCUCAUAUCUAUAUAUACAACGAGAAAUAUUAUUUCAACAAUCGGAUCAGCUAUGCCAUUCAAUAAAAAAAGAAAAAUUUUUUGUAGUGUUCUACCACCUCCUAGUUCUUAAGUACAGUUAUCUUCGAAAGCAAGCUUGAGAACCGUUAUAUGUGUUGUUACUUUAUAUCACUUUAAGAUAAGAUUUAAAGAAUGAAAACAUACAAAAAUAGACUAUCAGGACUAAACAAUAGCAAAGUUUUACAUCAAAGUGCUUACAAUAUCAAAAAAAAAAAGAAGUUAUUAUUGUUAAUUAAUAAAAGCUUAUUAAAAUUUUUUUUUUCGGUUACUUUUGAUUCUACAUCCGUUUUUCAUUGUGGCUUAUAUCCAAAAGUUUGCCUCACUUGCAUUGUUUUGCAACACAAAGUUUUAUAUAUUUAUUACACUUGAACUUUUAAGUAGUUUAGAAUUACACGAUCAUUCUAUAAUUAUUCCCUUUUUCAAAAGUCGUCAUUAAUGUUCUAUUCAUGUAAAAGUUUGGAAAAACUAACAUUCUUCGAAUAAUUCUAGGAAUUCAAAGGUAGGCUAUCCUCAUAUGUAAUAAAAAGAGUUUUGCUUGCUUUGAAAGUAGAUAUACUUAUAAAUUUGACGAAGUCCAUGCAGUUGCGUUGUCUGCACGGAGCUAUUUCUGCUGCUUAAUUCUCUAGAACCUUUAUGGAAAUUGUAAAGUUUUAAGUUUCUUUAUGGUAAUCUUGCUUUACUUCUUCUUUCACUGUAGAAUAUCUUUUCAAUCUCACUUUCGCGUGAAUCAGUCAGUAAAUUUCAUAAUCAUACUAAAAUGAAAUAAAAUUAGUUUUCAUGUAUGGGCGCAGUUUUUUGCAGGCACUCCAGCUCGUUUUUCUUGUAAUAUUUUAACUUCAAUAUGAAGUUUUAUUGUUUCUUAUAAGAUAUUGUAAAAUGUUAUUUGUUCAAAUUUUUUGACAUUAAAAAUGCUUCGCGUGUCCAGGUAUCAUUAAUGAUGGCAAAGUUCAGCUCAUAUGUUUUAUGAUAGAUUGUUCUCUUUAGACAAGUUCAUCAUCGAAACAGGUUUUCUAAGUUAUAUUUACUUCUAGUUACGCAUAUCAGAUACGCAAAUGUAAUUGAAUGCAAAAUUUCGAAAUAAAAAAUCGAGAAAUUAAUUAGUCGCAAAGAUGCCAACGAUUAAUUGAUUUUUCCAUUAAAAUUCGUCGAACGUUACUUGGAUCCUAUAAAGCUAGAAUUUCUUUGGCUUACUGUUUGGAACACGAUAGGAGCUGGGGUACGAAAUGAAUAAUGAAUUCUUUGGAGCAGAAAGGAUUGCUCGAUAGUUUUUCUUUUAAUUGUUGAGAUCGUUAUCCAAUUCUAUGCGUUCGCCAAAUUGUUUUGAAUAUGAAUUAUGGUUGCGUCGCUUUAAUUUGAAUAGUUUCAUACUAUAUCUGCAACCGAAAUUUGCCAACAUAAUAAACACAUCGGCUUUUCCAACUCACUUAUAGUAAUACCUGUGAAUCCUGUUUUUUAACUACUGACGACUUUUUUCUUAUAACUACUUGAAAACUCAUCCGUUACUCUAGAAUAUGUUUUAUUCGCACAAUUAAUUGAAUAUCGAUGAAAAAUACAGUUGCGAAUUCGUUCAAAUAUACUACAAAUUUUUUUCAUGAUGAUGAAAUUUCUUCGCCUUCUUGAGCAAUUGUUCGGACCUUCUGAUUGAAAAUUUGACUCUGGUGGUUGUAUUUGGUUUGUCUAAUCUCGCUAUGUGUUUUAGAAAUGGAAUUUUUUCCUCGGUCAUAAUCUCUGUACUAAUCGCUGUACUAUCUAUCUGUAGAGGAAAGCGGAGCUUUUCAUAAAACCAUAACAUGAUUGAGUCGACUGAACUGCACGAUGCUUUGGGCUUCCAAAAUGGAAACACAUAAUACUCCUUGAAUAAGGCAUGAAUUUCUGUUUUUAAUAAUCCUGCAUACGUUUUCAUCGAUUCCAACCGUUCCUUUAUGCGAUUUCUAUAAGUCAAAUUUGUUUGGAAUUACGUAGUUCAAUUAAUUAGUUUCACGUUUUCUCCUCUUUUUUAGUAAAGACAGGUUUAAAUAAUUCAUUCAAAGUCUUAUUACUCAUUUGUAUAUAGGUGUGUAGGUGCGUACAUAUUAGCUUAUUUUGUCUGUCUUCUUUUAAGCCUAAUGGCGGUAUGCUUUCAACAGUAGACAAUAUGUUUUGUGAACUUGUUUUCACUUUGCUCUAUUUGAACUUUUAAUCAAAUUAUUUAUUUUAAUGUUGGUUUUUUUUAUAUCCUUUCACGUCAGAUUGUCACUGCUAUUCUGCAUUUAGCGUUUCGAGGAAAAAUAAAAGACUUUGUGCCUAUUGAAUAUACACUAAGAAAGGCAAAAAAAAAA